UGUCAUGCUCCUUUAACACUGAUUGUCAAUACAUUGCCACAGAGCUGUAUGCAUUUGCAGCUGGCUUCUUCUCAAGGGAAACUGAGCCAGGAUGAGUUGAAAAGUGUGGACUCCGGAUCAUGCUGGGAUCUUAGCAAAGAGGAAGUGAGGAGGUGGAACAUCUGGACUUCAUUUGCGUGCUCCAGAGUGGGGAGAAACGCUCCAGAAAUAGGCUUAAAAAACAGUUUUCCAUAUUAAUUGCUGCCGCAUCAUCGUUACAUAUCGACACGACUCGCGACUCUUUACGGGGAUAUGACGUUUUCGCAUACUCUCUCUGUCGCUCGUGUGAGUGGGUGUGUGUGAGACCGCGUAUUGUGCGUAUUGUGUGUGUGUGUGUGUGAGUGUGCCCGUGCGCGCGCGUGAGCCUCCCUGACGCUUCGCUCCACAGCCCCGUGGAGCUGUUGUUUCCCAGGGAGAGAGAGAGAGAGAGAGAGAGAGAGAGAGAGGAGGAGGACAAUCACACACGGACUGGUGGAUUUUAGAGCGACAAAAGAGAAAGUGCGAUCUCCCGCUUUCAUUCAUUCCUCCUCGUUUUUUUCUUUUUUGAGAGGAACUAUCGCGCUCUCCGGUUUUCUUUUUGUACGGUUUCUGCGGUGGCGCACAGACAGAGACAGACAGACCGGUAGACUAUGGAUUUACCACUGGCUAGACAAGACACGCCGCCUAGUUCUCUGCGAAAGUUUUGAUUGUCAUCGUUUUUUUUGUUGUUGUUGCUUUCUCGACCCCGGAGCAGAAGGGAGAGCGCUGAAAGUUUUCUUUUGACCAGCUUUUGGAAAUUGAUGACCACAUGUGAGGACAUUUGGAGACAAAUAUGUGUCGGAGCGUCUUUUCGCCGCUCAUGGGGUGACCCGCAUAGAGCUCCCUGAGACGUGACUGUGGGACGGGCGGUCUCCCUCCCGGCCGUGGGCCCUCUUCCUGUCCUCUGAGGCAAUGAUUAUCGCCGUAGACGCUCUGCACAACUCAGCUGUGUGAAUGAAUCUUUGCCGUAAAGCCACUGUGCUCUGCCACCCUGUCACCAUGGAGAGCAAGUAUUCCCAGUACUACAAUCAGACUCUGAUCCACUCCUACUAUGCCUAUGCUAAGAAUAUGACCACCCAGGAUCUGGAUAAGUACAUUGAGAGUAAAAAACAUCUCACCACCCUCAACAUUGUCAUCGUGGUCCUCUGCACCAUCAUCAUCCUGGAGAAUCUGCUGGUCCUCAUUGCCGUGUGCCGCAACAAGAAGUUCCACUCCGCCAUGUUCUUCUUCAUCGGCAACCUGGCGUUCUCUGACCUGCUGGCAGGCUCGGCCUACAUAGCCAACAUUUUUCUAUCAGGGUCGAGGACUUUUGAGCUGAGGCCCGUGCAGUGGUUCAUCCGGGAGGGCACGGCGUUCAUCGCUCUGGCGGCCUCCGUUUUUAGUUUGCUGGCCAUAGCUAUAGAGCGCUAUAUAGCUAUCACCAAGGUGAAGGUGUACGGCUCCACCAAAACAUGCCGCAUGUUCCUCCUGAUAGGAGCUUGCUGGGUCACCUCCAUCCUGCUCGGAGGACUUCCCAUCAUCGGCUGGAACUGCAUCAACAACCUUCCUGAGUGCUCAGCCGUAUUACCACUCUACUCUAAGAAAUAUAUAGUCUUUGUUGUCACCAUUUUCAGCAUCUUACUACUCUCUAUUGUCAUCCUCUACGUCAGGAUCUAUUUGAUUGUACGCUCCAGCCACCAGGAGGCAGCCAACUCACAGGCCUAUUCCCUUUUGAAAACAGUCACUAUAGUGCUGGGUGUCUUCAUCAUGUGUUGGCUGCCCGCUUUUAUCAUCCUCCUCCUAGACUCAUCCUGUGGCAUACAGUCCUGCAAAGUCCUCUAUAAAGCGGACAUCUUUUUUGGCUUUGCCACUCUGAACUCAGCUCUUAACCCAGUGAUCUACACGCUGCGCAGCAAGGACAUGAGAAAGGAGUUCCUGCGCGUGUUGUGCUGCUGGGGGGUGCUGCAAAGCGGGCGGCCCUCCGAGCGUUGUCUGGUCCCUCUAAAGAGCUCCAGCUCUCUGGAACAUUGCACAAACAAACAUGAACAUCAGAUGACACCCAUCAUGCAAGAUUGUACCACCUGUGUCUGAUAUGGUGCAAACACAUCAGAGUGCCUGCGCGCGUGUGUGUUGUGUCUGUGCUUGUGUAUGUGAGUGUGAGUGAGAGAGAGCGUGUGUGUAUAUGGCAUGAGAGGCUGUGAUGAGACAGAGAGAUGUUAGCAAAACACAUCCUGGACUGAGACGCCUGGCGAGGCUGACUCUGUCGAGUCUGUGUCUGCAGAGACACGUUCUACAGUGCAGACUCUCUUCUUAUUACAAUCAAAAUUGUGUGAAUUCACACAGUCACAAUCAGCAUUCAAUCAGUUCACCCAUGCAGUGGGUGUAAAAAUGCAAUAUUUCAAGAGGGGACCAAUUUAAAAUGUGGGAACUUUCAGAAAUGUGAAAAUAGUUUUUUUUUUCAUGGGUACUCCCAUUAGUUAAUAUGGAGUUGCAAACCAUUUUAAUGUAUAAGCCUGUCACCUUGUUUUUGUUUUUCUUUCUUAACAUCUCUGUUAAAAGCCAAAAAUGGAAACAUAGCAUGCAUAAUGUCAUAGUUGUGGUGAGUUGUUUUGGGCCUUUCGAAAACUACAUCUGUGCAAAGCUUGCAAGGUUGCACUUUGUAGAUUACUUCAGUGAUUGUUGUCCUUUGUAAGGUUUAACCACAAUACUCUCCUUAACCGAUAUAUGUGCACAUUAGGCUGACAGGUUCAUCACUUGUUCUUUGCAAAACCGGAGGCAGUGAUCAGCUUCACUCAGCACUGCACUCCAUCAGAAGCCAUAAUACCAUGAGUGCUCCCUCAACAAAACCAGGGCUAUAUAUCCCCUAUAUAACCUUGCUUAAACCAUCUGAUAAACUACAACAAAUUUACAUAAUCUGCUUACAUUUACUGCAUGACAUUCUAACUCGUGUGUACGCACUAAUGUGUAUGAUAUAUUCCAGCUCCAGCUUCCAUCACUAACACCCCUUCCCUCGUUUGUCCUCAUAAUCUGUCCCUCUUGCUAUUACUGUUGUCUUUUGUAUUUUAACAGUUUCCAUCGAGGAAGGUCCAAUCAGAAAGCACAUUUCCUGGAGUGAGUUGGCACUGAUGAAUUUUACUCAUUGACAGCUGUCCAGUGGCUUUGAUUAAUGGGACAGAUGUCCUGACAGUGUUGUAGCGACGUAGCAGCAAUGUGCAGUCUCUGCUUGUGCCUUCCUCUUGGGGAAUUAGGCUGAAUGUAUGUAUGAAGUGUUUGGGGCAGGCGCUCCAUUGUUGACAGUAUUAUUGAUCAUUAUGUUGAAUUACCAAGUCACUGACGAUCAGAGAGUGGGAUGAACAGGGUAGGUCACUCUCACUGUGAAGUCUUAAAUAGCACCAUGAACAAGAAUUUGUUGUGAACAUCCUGGUUUAAUUUGCUUGCCAUGUGCAACUUAAGAUAUAAACAAGUCUCAGCUUUCCAAAGACCCCUCGUCUCCCCUACAAACUGGGAGAAAUUCUUGUUUCAAACGCACAGGGUGGAUGGGUGGGUGGGGAUUUGCCUCCUUGGGAGGUCAGCUUCAUCCUCAUUCUCUGACAUCCUACAACACACAACUUCCUUCAGACAUAGGAAGUCCUGUUUUUCAUUGUCCGGUUCCUGUUGUUCAGGGUUACACUAACCUUCAUCCUGUAGUCACACAUUUAAAAUUCUGCUCUCCCUCAGUGUUUUUGAUACUGACUUUUACGUUUAGAUGGCCAAGUAGAAAUGGUGAAAAGCACUUUGGCAGCUUCAGUGAUGUUUGCUUUCCCUCCGUUUUUUUUUUUUUUUUUUUCAGAUGGAGAGAUGUUUUAAUCUAUGUAUCACUUCAUUGUGUUGCCCGAUUCUAUGAUUUUUUUAAUGAUAAAUAUAUGAAAAACUAUGUAUGUUUGUAAGUAUGUAUGUAUGUAUCUUUGUACAGUAUGUAUGAUUUAUGUUGUAUGAAAUGUCUCGUGUGCAAUAGCCUUGUGUGUCCAGUAGCACGCUGCCUGUGUUAAACCGGUACAAUCUGAAACACUAAUGUAGGUACAUAAACAUUUUGUAAUUGCAUUCCCUUUUUAUAAAAUAAAUGAAAUACUGAAAGAAUCCA